GCUUUUUAUGAUUGGUUUAUCAGCCUGUGACGAGCUCAGCAACGGAGGCUCUGAUUGGUCAACAGCUGCAAACCAGGUAGUGGAAGAAACACGAAGCAACACGAGUUUGCAGUACCUUUCUCUGAAUCAUUGAUUGUAGUAACAGUGUCCAUCAUGGAGCCACCUCUGUUUCCUCGUGAGUCUGGGCAGCUCAUAGCAGAGCGGAGUCGGGAUGUGUUCGUGGAGGAGGAAGGAGUGCAGAAGGUGGCAGAGAUGCUCUACAAACUCCGACACAGUGACGAUCUGAAGGCCAGUGGCUGGAAGAAGGGGAAUCCAUUAGCUCCAGCACCCACCUCUGACCAGGCCUUGAACUGGGUAUUUGUGGUCGACACCAUGAACUUCUCCUUUUGGCCAGAGGACGAAAUUCAACAGUGUGAGGUGACCUAUAAAGGGACCACGUACACGGGCUACAUGACCCUGUGUGCUGCCAUCACCAGGGCCAUGGAGGAAGGUAUACCCAUCACUGAUCCGAAGUACUUCUCUCAGAUGAGUGUGGAGGAGUUGGGACAUGUCCUUCGAUCAGACAAUGAGACACCCAUGCCCAUGCUUCAGGAGCGCCACCAGGUGCUCACUGAAGGCGGCCGCGUGCUGCAGGAACACGGCGGAAGCUUCCGGAGUUUUAUUAGCCGAGCCGGGAACGACGCCCGGAAGAUGAUGGAGUUCAUCGUGGAGAAGAUUCCUUCCUACAGGGACGAAGCUACAUAUGAGGGUGAGAGAAUCUCGUUCUACAAGCGAGCCCAGAUCCUGGUGGCAGAUUUCUGGGGCGUCAUGGAGGCCAGGGGAGAGGGUGACAUCAUCGACAUGGACUGGCUCACCAUGUUUGCAGACUACAGGGUCCCUCAGGCUCUCGUCUACCUCGGAGCACUACGAUACUCUGACGCACUGAUGCAGGCGCUGAACAACGGGGAGCUGCUGAGCUCAGGGGACAGGAGAGAGGUCGAGAUCCGAGGUUGUUCAAUUUGGUCUGUGGAGCUGAUCAAAGACCGCCUUGGCAAGCUGGUGAAGGAGAGAGACGGACAGACCUGUCACAUCAACUCGGCAAUCAUCGACUUCUACCUGUGGCCUUACGCCAAGCAGCACCACAAAGAGAUGGCCCACAUUCCCAUACACCACACACGCUGUAUUUACUACUGACACACUGGCUGGCAGCAUUACAUGCAGUAGGUUGCACUUCUCAGCGUGCAGCCUUGGCAUCGGUGCCUUUCCCUGGGAUAAAGCCAGUCAUGUCUCUGUGCCAGAUAUAUGUACAAGUGGGCUUCUCUCUCACUGUAAUGGAAGCAGGUGACAAGCUUUAAUGUAGCUUGUUGGUGUAUGUGGUAGUAACACUGUUGUCCAUUUGCAGUCAAUUAAAAUGUUUACUGUUGAUGUGGAACAUUUUCUAACAAACUGUUUGCUGUAAUGAAAAGCAAGUGAUCAUACUGUAUGUGAACAUACAAUGAUGGACACAUUGGCGUAUCUGCAGCGGCUUGAACUUGUGAGCUGACACUCGGCAAACAGUGAAAAUUAAAUAUUUUGAUUAGAUAUUGUUAAUGUCGGUAUUCACAUGAUCCGCUGCUCAUGUAAAAGCAUUGUGUCUGCAGGGAAACUCAUAAAGGAAGUCUUUCUAAUUUUUGAAGAGAUUUAUGUUUUGAAUGAUCACAAAUGAAUAAGUUCAAAGUUAAGUAAGAAAAAAACAGUAUUUGUGUGAGCUAAAAGCAGCUGGAAUGUGUGACUACUUUAUCUAAAUAUUCUAUAUCUCAAAUUAUGUAGUGGCAUCUAGUGUUUGGGUGGAGGAAGAGGAGUGGAAGAGGAAGAAAAGGCAUGCAGGAGAAGAAGCAUCAGCCUCCAAUAAAUGUAUCCUAUGUAUUCAUGCGAGGCUCUGUACAGACUGUGGCAACAAAUUCCAAUGGAAAAGGACAAUAAAGAAUAUAUCUAUAUCAUGUUUGCAGACAAUAUCAUAAUAUCAUUAAUAAAAUACAAGAUGUAACUUUUGCUCUUGAGAGAUUUAACUUGAAUAAAACAUGGUUAACUGGUGA